AAACCGGGUCUGUUUAAUAAAGUGGAGGAAUAAUAGAAUAUUCCUCCGUAGAUGCUCCAGCUACUCCUAUAAAAGGAGGGCUCCCACUCAAUGUGAAGGGAGGCCAUUCACUCACUCAUCUCCUGCACAUCUCUAUCUCCCUUUCUAUAUAAGUUUUUAGAGUGUUUUUUCUUCUUCUUCAAGAGCUUUUAGCUCCACCAUUAAUGGCUUCUAAGCCUAAAUCAUGUACCGUGUACACACCCGCGAUAUUAAUAAAAAUCCCCUGUUGGCAAGGUACCGCCAAAAAAGGCUCGUGGUUUCUCCCGAUUUGGGUUUCCACGUCAAAAUCCCCGUGUUUAUAUUUUGGUGUAUUUUUUAGACUAGUUUAUCGUUUUUGCCGGGCUAAAAUGAUAUACCGGUCGAUAAUUUACACCAUCAUUUUGGCGCCAUCCGUGGGACCCGAGCAAAAGGCCAUGAAUUUUCAUGUUUAUUCUCCUGCUCAUAAAAAAACCCAAAGAAAAGGGGUUGAAAUAAAAAAAAUAGGUGAUUCAAGAGUGAGAGAGGGGAGGGUUUUUGAUUUUUUGAUUUGACAAAAAAGGAGAAAGAAAGAAGGACCCCAAAUUGGAGCGGCCCCUAGAUCGAGCUCAGAGCCGCCGCUGCCACCUACCGAAGUCCGCCAUCUGUUGGUACUCGCCUUUCCCUAAGCUACCGGAGUCCGCCAUCGCUGCUGCUCAGAACCGCCACCGCCGCCUCCGCUGCUCAAACCAGCCGCCGCCACCACUGCUUAGAUCCGCCACCUCCGUCGCAGCUCAGAGCCGCCGCCGCCGCCGAUGCUCAAACCUGCUGCCGCCGCUGCUCAGAGCCGCCGCCGCCGCUGAUGCUCAAACCUGCCGCCCCUGCUCAGAGCCGCCGCCGCUGAUGCUUAAACGUGCCGCCGCCGCUGCUCAGAGCCGCCGCUGAUGCUCAAACCUGCCGCCGCCGCCGAUGCUCAGACCCGCCGACGCCGAUGCUCAGACCCGCCGACGCCGCUACAAAGAUUUGUUGUCAUCCCCGCCACUGCCGACACUUGUGCGCAUUCGUCGCCAGAUGGCUGUUUUUUGGUCCCGCCGCGGCCAAAGCCGUGGGCCACCAUGCCGGAAAAAAUCAAACCCCGAUAGAAGCCAAUCAUCGCCGCCGACGAAGUAAAUCACUGACGCUGCUACAAAGAUCUGUCGUCAUCCCCGCCACUCUACUACGGGCUAAUAUCCGUAGCCAUCGUUCUUAAAAAUCUACCGGAAUCCGUGAUGGGAGUCCACCAGCUUUGCGGUCGGAAGAGAUUCAUCACCUUAGGGGAAGUCAUUAGCGCCAGCUCCGGAUCAGAACCAUGGUGCGCUGGAUGUAGAGCAGCGGAUGGGCGUCAUUUCUCAUCCUCGAUUGGCUGAAAUUGUUGCUAAAGGCACACCUUGGUGGAGUCCAAGAGUGUGAGUGGCUGAGGCGACACUUAUGUUGCGGUGAAAAGUGACGGGGACAAUCCGAAAAACGAUGAUAGCUUGACCGCUGCCCCUAGUUCCGAUAGUGGCGGAGCUAUGACUAUCGACAUCAGGUGCUCCAACGACUCCAAGUUCUCAAUACAUGCCUGCCGAGCAGCAUCGUUUUUGGGUCGGAUCUGGAAGGACGAUCAAACCAUGGUGCUUCAAAAAUAACUUAUUUUUCUGUUGGGAUCUUUCCAAGCAGCCUGCACCAACCAACAUGAUUUCAAUAUGAAAUAAGUCUCAAAACAAGAAGUCAAAAAAUGGACAGUCCAGCACAUGGAGGACUGCUAUGCCGAUGAUGUGGGUCUACUUACUCCACUCACAAAAUACACUACAGGGAAGGCACAUGUUGGUGGGCCAUGCAGAGAAAAAAUGGAGCUGAUUGUCCCCCACUAUCAAUAACUUAUUUUGGGAUAAGGAUUGCAAGUUAAAAGAAAGAGCCACGCAUAAGACUCCAAGUGCCGUACCAGUGGUCAUCUCAAUUAGAUUAUUCUAACAAAAACAAAGGGGUGACAACUAUUCAAGCAAAUACAGAAGAUAUGCACAAUCACAUGGGAUUAUGGCUGGAGUCAAAAAUUAGUGACGUAGAAAUUGAGCUCGGUAGGUGCACUGUUAAACAUGGGACUUCGACAAUUCUUUUUGAGAAGAUGGGUCACUCAAUAAAGAUGUUUUUGUCCUCAAGCUCAUGGUUAUUGCUUGAUCGGACCGAGGUGAUAGUGAGUUGGAGAUUGAUCAAAGGAAGACUGGGACACAGGCCCGGACCUGGCACGCUGGUUACUACACCGGUCUUGCUCAGUAUAAAAUAAAAAAUAAUAAACCCGGAAGAGGGGCCCGGAAGAGGGUAUGCCUGCAAGAGGGCUGGACCUGGAAGAAGGUUCGAACCGUACUUACACGGGCCCAUGAGGUUUGACCGGUAUCGGGGAAUCAGCCGAUACUGGCAAACUGAUUGGGGACUAAAAGAUGCCCAUUAAAAGAAAUAGAAGAGGGUCGUCCACCGUGGCGCAUCCUAUUUCCCCCUUCUCAGGGAAGACUUGAACGGGGGGUGAGCUAAGGCCUUCCCGGGAUGGUAGAUAUCAAAGGGCCAUUAAAAGACUUAAUCACCCGGAAGAGGGGGCCCUGGAAGAAGGGUGCAUUUUGGGCCUUGGAGAGGGCUCGAAACCAUCCGACAUGGUUAAUUCUCCAAUGUUGAUCUGGCCCGGCCAGCAACAUUAUCUUAUUGGAAGACUGAGAUGCAGGCCUGGCCUGGCACGCUAGUUACUACACCGGUAUUGCUCAGUAUAAUAAAGAAAAUAUGUGACCCAGCCGAACUGGUACACUGGUCUCACACCAGUCUUAAACAUAUUUUCCAAUAAGCCUGAGCCCAAUCGAAUUGGGUACACCGAUUGCACAUCGGUUUCAGCAAAAAAGUGUGCAAAGCUCAUAUCGGGGACGCCCGAUUCAUUUAAGCCCUCAAUCUGAGGCACUCGGAUCGAAGAUGAUCUCCGUGAGAUAUGAAGAUAUUUGCAUCAGUCAGCCGGGCUAACACUGAUCUUCAACAAAGCUACCGCAUCAGAUUCAAUCCUUAUUAACUAAGGUCGUUGGCGUCAGUAUACUAAUUUCGUCACGCAUCGUGUGUUUGACUCGUAUUAACACCGACCACGACGAAAUAACUUUUCGAAGCAUCGUUGCUUUAUCGAACUGACAUCGCUCUCAUUACGAAAAUAAUUCGCACGAAGUUUA